GACAUCCGCCACACUGGCAUCACCAGGGCGGCGUCACGAUCGCUGAUGCUCGGCGACUUCCGGUUGGCGAUUCAAAAUGGCCGCCAGAAAGAGAACGCAAGAGGAGAAGAAUUUAAAAACUCUUCGAGAACUCGCCGCUUUGCCAGCGAAUAAGCAAUGUUUCGACUGCCACCAGCGGGGGCCAACUUACAUAAACAUGACAGUAGGAUCCUUCGUUUGUACGUCGUGCAGCGGAAUCCUACGCGGCUUGAAUCCCCCCCAUCGUGUCAAAUCCAUCACCAUGACGACAUUCACACCAGAAGAAAUAGAGCAAAUAAAAAACAAGGGAAAUGAGUACUGCAAGUACGUCUGGCUGGGCCUGUACGACUCGCGGUGCCCGAUGGAGCCGGACUCGAGGGACGAGCAACGCACGAGAGACCUGAUGAUCCAGAAGUAUGAGCGCAAGCGCUGGUACGUCGACCCCGAGAUCGCCAUGCAGAAGAUGAACGCCGAACGCCAGCAGAGCAGGGUUGUCCAGUCUCCGGUCGGCAACAGCGUGGCCCCCAACAGCGUGGUUUCCAACAACGUGGUAGCCAACAACAUCGUCGCAGCCAAUAACUUGGUCCACUCCAAUUCGGCCGUGCCGGACACGAAGCCCCUUUCAAGUCUUUUGGGCAAGAACAGCCUGCCUCUAGUCAUUCACAAGUCACAGCCUUCCACUCCAAGCUCGGCGACGUGGCCAACGCCAAUCUCGUCUGCGGCCGCCACGACCACUGGCAGCCAGCCACUGUUCAAGUCCAACGUAGACAUUUUCGGAGCUUUUGGAGGGGACCCCUUCAGCUCUGGCUCCGUCGGAUCAACCCCCACAGUUCCUGCAAAAGCAUCCCCAUUCUCUGCAAAUGGAAACUUUGCCAACUUUGACAGCGUCUUCUCAGCCAAUGCAGAACCGCAGCCUUGUACACCCCCCGUUGCCAACAGCAGCAGCAACCACAAUCACAUGCCCGUGACAGAAGGCGGCGGAUUCGUCGCGGCCUUUCCACCAAUCUCGCAGCCGCCGGCCACAGCCACGAGCCUAGCCGUGGCCUCUCCCGUGACGGGGGCGUCGGGAGAUCCCCCACAGACUAAGGUGCCCUCAGCGGACCGCUACGCGGCGCUAGCCGACCUGGACAACCUGUUCCAUCAGGAGACUCCCUCCCAGCCGCAGCCACAGCCUCAGCCCCAGCCGCAACAGCAGCCGCUGCCGCAGCCAACGUACGGUGCCGCGACAUCUGCCUUCGGGGCCCCGCCUGCAUCUGCGACCUCGAACCCGUUUGCCGCACCUGCUCCAGUCUGGGGCAUGGGCCAGCCACAGCCCCAGCCGUCCCAAAACUCGGCCUUUGGGACUCCAAACCCUUUCGAAGGCAUGGCACCAGCAGCCAUGGGUGGAGUCUUUGGAGGCCUGGACAACGGCACGGGCAGCAGCAUGGUCCCGGCAGCUCCCAUGGGGGGCGUGUUCGGCACCGGAGCCCCACCCAACGGCUAUGCCAUGGCCCCGCCAGCGGUGGCGCAGCAGAAGGGGGUGUACCCCGGCUGGGGUGUGGCCUCGCCCCCUGGGGGAGUGGUCUCUCCGCCCGGUGGAGUCAAUGCCUGGGGCAAGGUGGGCAGUGCCAUGAGCCACGACUGGUCCCAGAUGGCUGCGCCGGCUCCGGUCAAUCCCUUCCUGGGCGGCCAAAUGCCAAGGACGAACUCCAGCAACCCAUUCCUCUGAUAGCAGGCACCGAAACAAGUCGCUCGACCGUGGGGCGGCGUUGGGGGAACAGCCGGGGGACUACGGACGAGGAGGCUUUUUUUGUUCCAGCGUCAACCGCGCUUAGGUUUUUGCCUGCAAUUGAUCUUCUCGCCCUAGAGGACGGUUUCGAUGUCGUCGCUCUCUCAGCAGUGAUCUUUCUCCCACCUUCUUCUCUUCUCCGCCCUUCUUUUUCUCCUCUUUUUGUAAAAGAAGCGCUGCGUCUUUGUCUAGUCUCGUUUUCUCGUCGCGCGAGGAAGAAGAAACAUGUUCAGAGCUCGGAGGGAAGUAAAAAGAAAAACACGAGUCAAAGCAGUUUUCAGGUUUUUUUUUUCUUCCGCUCUCUUCCUCUUUCUGGCGAGUGUUGUUACGCUUGUUCCCGCCCGUUCUCUACAACGGCGGGAAGCCACAUUGGAGUGCUUUUUGCGCAAAGUUUACAUCCUUUUUUUUUUUUUUUAACCGACUUUAACUUGUUACCUGGUACAUAACGUGUUUAGAAUGCCAGCUUUUUCGUAUUGCCAGCGAGAUUGACGUUGUUGAAGAUGGCGGUUUUACCGAAAAACAAACAUCAUCUCCCCGUGGGCUUUGACAUGUCCAAGGGGAAACAUUUUAAGGAUGGGGGGAGAGGGAGGAAUGUCAACAGUGGUUGUGAGCUAGAGGGGUUCUCUUUUUCUCUUUUCUAAGUGCAUCUUUUGCUCCCUUCGCAACCACUGGUAACCCAACACGAGAGUGGUCGUUACUUGAGAACGUCUUAUCGCAGCGUUGACUUCGUGGUCGCCAAAUUUUUUUUAUUGAGCCGUAGAAAAGAACUAAUUGUGGGGCAUUAUUAUUAUUACUGUAGGCACGUUUUAAGUAUCUCGUUUUCUUUUUUGUCUGGAAGCAUUGCGUUCUUGACACAGUAAACUGCGGUUUUUCUCGAGGUAGGCAAAGACUGCAUUGACGAAAUUCCAACGAGGCACACAGUACGACUUUUUGAACUGGGAUAACGGUUAAUUUUUUUUUUUUUUUUUACUACUAAUCUAACACAGGCUGCACUUGGUGCUUUGUCUAGUGCGACGCGUGGGGAAGGACCAGAUUUCUUUUGCUGUGUCGAGAACUUCGUCCAAAUUGUGCUUCCAGUUUGAGCGUUUACGUUGGCUGCGUUCUGCCCGUAUAGUAAAAGAGCUGGUCUCGUGCAUCCAUCUGUUCAUCUGUUUUUGGUCUCCGAGCGGGGACGUCUUCGAGGCCAGCGAUGCAAGCGUUGUAGCGGGUAGUGUCGCACAGAUCCCGAGGUAUCGAAAGUGAGUAAAGAAUACCAAGUUGUGUGUACAUACAAUAAAAAAAAAGAAAAGAAGGCUUUAAGAGCAUGUAGCAUGUGUUAUAUGCCACUAUUCCAAAAAUUGUUUAUUACAAGCAGUUUUUUUUUUUGUUUUUUUUGCGUCUUUGCAAUAAAUAGUGUAGCAUGCUUUCGUAAA